AUGACUACUGCAACACCGGCCAACGACAAGCGCACCGUUGUCUGCGUCUUCUGCGGCUCAGUCGAAGGCAAUAACCCAGUGCACAUGCAAGCCGCCAAAGACCUAGCACGCGCCUUCCAUGAACAAAACGUGCAACUCGUCUACGGCGGCGGCACAAUGGGUAUCAUGGGUCAGAUAGCGCGCGAACUCGUGCGUCUCUCAGGUCCCGAAGCAGUGCACGGCAUCAUCCCAAAAGCUCUCAUAAAAAUUGAGCCGGGCUAUCAGCAGCUGCAGGAUGGUAAGCCUGCGACCGAUGGAAAGCCCAAUAUCAAAACCCAAGAAGGCGCCGGCAAGACUGCCGAACGAGUCGUUAAGGCCGACAAACGCACCGAAAUCAUCGAGGCAGAAUACGGCAUCACCACCAUCGUGCCAGACAUGCACACCCGCAAACGCCUCAUGGCCACCAAAGUCCUCGAAGGCGGCCCCGGGUCAGGUUUUGUAGCCAUGGCCGGCGGAUUCGGCACAAUUGAAGAAGUUAUGGAAAUGACAACCUGGAAUCAACUCGGUAUUCACAAAGUGGGCAUUGUGCUCCUAAAUACAGAGGGGUAUUGGGAUGGAGUGUUGGCAUGGAUCAAGAAUGCGGUCAAGGAAGGGUUUAUUUCCAGUGCGAAUGGGGGUAUCUUGGUGGAUGUGCAUGAGGUGAAAGAUGUGUUGCCCAAGUUGAGGGAUUAUCAGACUAGUGCUGAUCGGUUUCAAUUGACUUGGGGCGAGGAGUGA